UCCUGUUUCAUUUUGGUCUCAUACAGCCUUAGCAAGCGAAAUUGAAAAACCUUCGGCCGGAGAAGAAAACAAAGUGCGGGAUUAUAAUAGCAGAGCAUGGACUGUGUUAGAAUUGAAGAACCUGGUGUCGAAGCUUUUGUGAAAGAAAACAAAGUCAAAAGUGAAGACAUAUAUACCAUUCUUCCUGACGAUGUAUGGCUAAAGAUUUUCUCCUUUCUGCCAAUAGACAGUAUAAUGAGUGCAGGAUGUGUGUGCAAGUAUUGGCAUGAGAUGACAAAGUCCGGAAAGUAUGUAUGGAUCAACAUGCCACCCCAAAAGCCAUGGUACUUCAUGUUGCCCAACGAGAACGAUGCAGGCUACAUUUAUGAUCUCUUCAAGAACUGGUGCAGGUUUGAUUUCCUCUCACAUGAAAAUUAUAACUGGUUUAUCUCGUCAUCAUGCGGAUUGGUUUCCUGCAUGGAUUACUAUAAUCAAAACAGAAUUUUUCUUUGCAACCCAAUUUCAAGAGAUUGGAAGCAGCUUCCGAAACCUCUAAAUGAAGAACCUUCACAAUACGGUGCAUUGGCUUUGUCAGUGGACAGACAUUUUCAUGAUUAUAUAGUUACAUUGGUGAAAUCCAAUCCAUUGCCAGAUGAGUUCUUUCAUUGGGACUUUACCAUUCAGAUUUAUGAUUCAAAGUGUUGCUUUUGGAGAGUUGUAUCACUCAAUGAUGUUUUGGUUGGAUGGAGAGGAGGUAAUGAAAGUGUGAUAUGCAAUGAAAUCCUUUACUUUCUGAUUCACUCUUUAUCGGAGAGCAACGCACAUCGUAUUGGGCUCAUCAUGUAUGAUCUUGAUUCAAAAUCUUCAUGCAAGUCAUUGAUGGACAAUGGUUAUGGCACCAAGUCCCCUCGCUUGCUGUCGCCUGAUGAAUCUUAA